UACUUUCGACCGACGCGGGGAUACUAUGGAAAAACGACCCAAGAUGGAAAUAUGUGCCUUAAAGUUCGUAUAUGGAACCUCAAUGAAAACUGUACAUAUGGAUAGCGCGGGGAUGAAGUUGAGAUUAUUGAUCUUUUGAAAAGGGAGCUAUUGACUGGACGUGGACGCAGUAGCGCGGCGGUCGUCGUCACGACGAGUGUCGGAGUAGGUAAUGCCAACGUGAUACGUGUCGGUUUCGACGACACAAUGUCGUCAAUAUCUGCUCAGGGGGUCGUCGAGCGCGCCUCCGCGGAGCUUUCGAAGCGAAUCAAUGGCCUGGGGUUGAGAGGAAGUAAACAUCACACUAAGACUAGUGUAAUGGAACGUGUCACGAAUGUAUUUUGCGGUAGUAGUAAUUCCAACGUCGCUGCUCCCGAAAAACCCUCGAGAUUAUUACCAUCCCGUGGAUCUAAAGCAACACACAACCCCGUCAUCGUCGUCGCUCGUCGAACACGUUUAUCUCAAAUGUACCUGACAUGGGAACAGUUAAUGUUCGACGAACGAUUUUUAAUGAAGUUUUUCCUUUACUUUAAUCCAUGCGAGCGAUGCGUUUUGGCGCAGGUUUGCACGAGGUGGAGAGACAUUCUCUAUAGAUCGCCUCGCUAUUGGACUGGUUUAAUACCAGUCUUGCAAUGUCGCGAACUUAGAAGCACUCAAGGAACGGACCGAGGUCGUUUAUACGCGUCGCUCUUGCGACGAGGAUUUCAUACACUUUGUUUGAUGGGAGCGUCCGACGAAGACGCUCUCGACCUUGUCAAUUCAUUUCCUCUUGCCUCCAAGCACGUGCAUUCUUUAAGCCUACGCUGCUCGAGCGUUACGGACAGAGGUGUAGAGAGUUUACUUGAUCAUCUUCAGGCACUUUACGAAUUAGAGCUGGCCGGUUGUAACGAAAUAACAGAGGCGGGUCUUUGGGCCUGCCUAAACCCUCGCAUUGUUUCGCUUACACUAACCGACUGUAUAAACGUGGCCGAUGAGGCUGUCGGUGCUGUCGCACAAUUGCUUCCCGGCUUGUACGAAUUCUCAUUACAAGCGUACCACGUAACAGAUGCGGCUCUCAGUUAUUUUUCACCGAAACAAAGUAACACACUAAACGUUCUUCGGUUACAUUCAUGUUGGGAAAUUACCAAUCAAGGUGUAGUAAAUAUAGUACAUUCUUUACCAAAUUUAUCCGCAUUAAGCCUGUCGGGAUGCAGUAAAAUAACAGACGAGGGAGUAGAAAUGAUAGCAGAAAAUUUGCAGAAGCUUCGUUCGCUCGAUUUAUCAUGGUGCCCACGUAUCACCGAUGCUGCCUUGGAGUAUAUCGCAUGUGAUCUCAAUCAAUUAGAAGAGCUUACUUUGGACAGAUGCGUGCAUAUAACCGAUAUUGGGAUCGGUUACAUUUCCACCAUGCUAUCUUUAUCGGCUUUAUACCUGCGUUGGUGCUCACAAAUAAGAGAUUUCGGUCUUCAGCACUUAUGUGGCAUGAGAAAUCUGCAGAUACUUUCUUUAGCAGGAUGUCCAUUGCUAACAUCGAGUGGUCUUUCGAGUUUAAUACAGCUAAGACAUAUGCGUGAAUUGGAACUCACAAACUGUCCAGGGGCAUCUCGCGAAUUAUUCGAUUAUCUUAGAGAACAUCUACCGAGAUGCCUCGUAGUUGAAUAAAUCACCCCAUUGUCCAGUUGUUUGUUAAUAGGAUGUGCAAUAAUAUGUAAUCUGAUUAAUUUUCGUGUAAAUGUUCCUUUUUAUGUUCAACGUCAAGUCUAAAUUGGUCAACUCGACAUCCCUUAAUUGUUUUAAGUAUACUUUGUGAUGUAUAUAUAAACAUUGUAAGUAAUUAUCAAUGUUUUCGCAAUAAAACAAGUAU